AUGGAAUCUGAAUCCUCUAGCAUCUCAGUCACUUCACAAGAUCAUGGUGAUUCUUUCAAAACAAAAAACGUGGUGGACAAGAAGGAGAAUGAACAAGGUCAAUAUUCAAAAUCCGAUUCCAGCGCGCCUAAUAUUUUUAGCCUUAUUCAAGUUGGUGGUUCUUCAUGUGAUUCACCUAAUACCAACAAUGAAAAGAAAGACGAGAAAACUACUGAACAAAAGAAUUCGGAAUCAAAGAUAUCUUAUUCAUGCAAUUUUUGCACGAGAGAAUUUUCCUCUUUACAAGCGUUAGGAGGGCAUCAGAACGCUCAUAAGGCACAAUAUGCUUUAAAAAAACAACGUGAACAAAUGUACGACACUCAUGUUUUAGAGUUAGGACAAACUCACUUGAACUCUUAUUUUCGUUACCCUAGUGCUCUUUUUUCACCUUACGGAUCACUUGGGGUUAGAAUUGAUUCAAUGAUUCAAAAACCACCUUUUUUAAGCCCUAGGAUUACACCAAAUAAUUUUGCUUAUGAUCAUGGUGGUUUGUGUUUGCAAGAGACAUUAAACCCUUCUCUUGUUAGUUUGAGAAAUAAUAUGGAAGGUAGUAGUAGGGUUGGAAUUCUAGGUCUUGGUGGUGCAACUUCUUCAAGGGUUGAAAAUAGUGUAAAUAAUAAAAUUGGUACUUUUCUAAAAUUUGGAGAUUCUUCUAAAAAUGUUGCCACGAGUUCAAAUUCAAUCAUAGACAAGAAUUUUUUUGUGGCUCCUGCUUCUAUCAAAGAUGAAAUUCGUCAACCAAAGUUCAACUUUGAAGAAGAAUCUUCCAAUUCUGAAUCUUCUGGGCUUGAUUUGACACUUAAGCUUUGA